AUGAAAACUCAUCAAUCAAGCUCUGUUAACUGCUGUGUUGGGUGUGAGAGACCAAUUAUGGACAAGUAUUACCCUUGCAUUGACGAUCAAAUAUGGCAUCAGGAUUGUCUUCGGUGUGUUGUCUGUCGUAUUCAACUGAUCGAUCGGUGUUUCUUUCGAAAUGGGCAGUACUUUUGCAGAAAUGACUUUAUCAGACUCUUCAGCCCUAGAUGUCCAACCUGCCUCGAAACUAUUCAUCCCACAGACAUGGUUCGAAUCCUUGGUUCAGUGGCGUAUCAUGCUGACUGCGUGCGUUGCGUACUUUGUGCUCGAUGUUUGUCCACAGGCGAUGAAUGCAGACCUCUUGGUGAUGGUGUUCGAUUUGUCUGUUUGGAACACGAGGCUCCGCCAACUUCGUUAACUCCGUCAAAACGCAGUGGGCAGAGGACGUGUCCAAUCAGCAUUCCUGAGAGUCCAUUUGAAGAAGACAAUAAACAGGAACCAGAUAUCCACGCAAAAGAUGGCCAUUACUAUGAACAACAGGAUUCCUAUGGCUCAACAGAUGGAGGCUUAGGUACCUUUCUUCCUAGCGAGCCAGAACAGGAGUGCGACCUUGACUCCCCGAUCUACGCAAGCAACCUCGAGGGUGAUGACCGAUCCGAGGAAUGCAGGAUUGACAUUAAUGAAAUUGACGCCGACAGUAUCUCAAAAGCUGCAUCCGGUGUGGAGGGCGGUUCGAUCGGAAGUCCAGCAUCAAAUGGGAAUUCAGUCUCAGCCAUUACGAAUAACGAGUUAAACUCAGGGGACAUUGCUCAGGGCGAUAAGAGUGAGGGUGGCAGUAUCAUUACAAAGCGACGAGGACCAAGAACUACGAUCAAGGCCAAACAAUUGGACACUUUAAAACAGGCAUUUGCAGCUACACCCAAACCCACUAGACAUAUUCGCGAACAACUGGCUCAAGAAACAGGUCUAUCUAUGCGAGUUAUUCAGGUGUUUCAUCGGGAUUCAUCAAUAGUUUCUGCUCCAAAUUCUUUGUAUUAA